AGUGGAAGGGCAGCUAGCUGCUAUGUUGUGUUUCAGAGAUGACUACCAAAAGCCAGCAGUUUGUGAGUGCCCCCGCUGGGCCAGGCUGUUAAGUACCUGAUGUGCAUGAUGACAUUUAAUCUUAAGGAAUAUGUAGAGUAGUUGUAUCCAUUUGUUACAGAUGAGGACACUGAGACUCAGGAUGAGUAUUCCCGCUAGGGUUACACAGCUGAGGGAACUGGGAUUGGUGGACAAACCUGAUUACUAAGGCCAGGCCCUCAACCACUCCACUGGAUGGAAAAGGCCUGAGACUACAAAUUAAGGGCUUGGCGUUAGGCCACAGGCAGAAUUGAGUGCUUACUGCUGAACAAGGCAGUACAUCCUGGAGCUUUGAGUUGCAGCUCCUGCCAGGAGGUAGGAAAAUGGAUAGUUUAGUGCUUGCAAGCAGGCUGCAGAACUUAAUUGGGCAUCUGAGGUUUGUACUCUUCCUGAGACCCAUUCCGGGUGGAAACUGGAGGUCAGCAUUGUUAACUCUGAUUCCCUCUGAUCUGGUCUAAAUGAUGGAAAUCAGUAGUUGGUACUGACUGCUACCAGUGGGACUUCAGGGGCGAGGAAGAGGCUGUGCAUGUGGAAGUAGUGCCUUGGGCCAAACCACAGGACAGAAAAUUGGAACAGAAUUACAUAAAACAAGGUCAGAAAUUUCCUGUCCAACCCAUGGGGUGGAGUUUUCUCCAUUUCUCUCCAUCCUAGUGAAUAUAAACCUGGACUUGAUGUCAGUAACUGGAAGGAGCAGCUGUUAGAACUCUGAUUUCAACUCUCAGCAUCCGCCAUGCAUCUCAAGAUAGUCCUGGCUUUCCUGGCACUGUCGCUCAUUACCAUCUUUGCCCUGGCCUAUGUUUUGCUGACCAGCCCGGGUGGUUCCAGCCAGCCUCCCCGCUGCCCCUCUGUAUCCCACAGGGCCCAGCCCUGGCCACACCCUGGCCAGAGCCAGCUGUUUGCAGACCUGAGCCCAGAGGAGCUGACAGCUGUGAUGCGCUUUCUGACCCAGCGGCUGGGGCCAGGGCUGGUGGAUGCAGCCCAGGCCCGGCCCUCGGACAACUGUGUCUUCUCAGUGGAGCUGCAGCUGCCUCCCAAGGCGGCAGCCCUGGCCCACCUGGACAGGGGGAACCCCCCACCUGCCCGGGAGGCACUGGCCAUCGUCCUCUUUGGUGGACAACCCCAGCCCAACGUGAGUGAGCUGGUGGUGGGGCCGCUGCCUCACCCCUCCUACAUGCGGGACGUGACUGUGGAGCGUCACGGUGGGCCCCUGCCCUAUCACCGUCGCCCGCUGCUGAGAGCUGAGUAUAUGCAGAUGUGGACACAUCUGAAAGAGGUGGAGCUACCCAAGGCACCCAUCUUCCUGGCUUCCGCCUUCAACUACAAUGGCUCUACCUUGGCAGUUCUGCAUGCCACCCCUCGGGGCUUGCGCUCGGGGGACCGAGCUACUUGGAUAGCCCUCUACCAUAACAUCUCAGGUGUUGGUAUUUUCCUUCACCCUGUGGGGCUGGAGCUACUACUGGACCACGGGGCCCUGGACCCUGCCCACUGGGCUGUCCAGCAGGUCUUCUACCUUGGGCGCUACUAUGCAGACUUGGGCCAGUUGGAACAGGAGUUUAAGUCUGGCCGGUUGGAAGUGGUUAGAGUCCCUCUACCCCCACCAAAUGGGGCUUCAUCCCUGAGGCCUCAGAAUUCCCCAGGUCCUCCUCCCCCUCUUCAGUUCUCACCCCAGGGUUCCCAAUACAGUGUACAAGGAAAUCUGGUGGUAUCCUCCCUCUGGUCAUUUACCUUUGGCCAUGGGGUGUUCAGUGGCCUGAGGGUUUUUGAUGUUCGGUUCCAGGGUGAGCGAGUGGCCUAUGAAGUCAGUGUCCAAGAGUGCGUGUCUAUCUAUGGUGCUGAUUCACCCAAGACAAUGGUGACUCGCUAUCUGGAUAGCAGCUAUGGACUUGGCCGUAACAGCCGAGGCUUGGUGCGGGGAGUGGACUGCCCCUAUCAAGCCACAAUGGUGGACAUCCAUGUAUUAGUGGGCAAAGGGACAGUCCAGCUGCUCCCGGGUGCUGUGUGUGUGUUUGAGGAAGCCCAGGGACUGCCUCUUCGAAGGCACCACAAUUACCUUGAAAAUCAUUUCUACGGUGGUUUGGCCAGCUCAGCCCUUGUGGUCAGGUCUGUGUCGUCUGUGGGCAACUAUGACUACAUUUGGGACUUUGCGUUCUACCCAAAUGGGGCACUUGAAGGGCGGGUCCAUGCUACGGGCUAUAUCAACACCGCUUUCCUAAGAGGGGGAGAGCAGGGUCUCCUGUUUGGGAACCGUGUGGGGGAGCACGUGCUGGGAGCGGUGCACACACAUGCCUUCCACUUCAAGCUGGACCUGGAUGUGGCAGGGCUGAAAAACUGGGUGGUAGCUGAAGACGUGGUGUUUAAACCUGUGGCCGCCCCCUGGAACCCAGAGCACCGGCUACAGCGCCCACAGCUGACUCGGCAGGUGCUGGGAAAGGAGGACCUGGCAGCUUUUUCCUUGGGAAGUCCCCUACCCCGCUACCUCUACCUGGCUAGCAACCAGACUAAUGCGUGGAGUCACCAGCGUGGGUACCGAAUCCAGAUCCACAGCCCCCUUGGCGUACACAUGCCCCUGGAGAGUGACAUGGAGAGGGCCCUCAGCUGGGGGAGAUACCAGCUUGUGGUGACCCAGAGAAAGGAGGAGGAGUCACAGAGCAGUAGCAUCUAUCACCAGAAUGACAUCUGGACACCCACAGUUGCCUUUGCUGACUUCAUCAACAAUGAAACCCUCUUAGGAGAGGAUCUGGUGGCUUGGGUCACAGCCAGCUUCCUGCACAUUCCCCAUGCCGAGGACAUCCCCAACACAGUGACUCUGGGGAACAGAGUUGGCUUCUUGCUCCGACCCUAUAACUUCUUUGAUGAGGACCCCUCCAUCUUCUCCCCUGGCAGCGUCUACUUUGAGAGGGGCCAGGACUCUGGGCUCUGCAGCGUCAAUCCCGUGGCCUGCCUCCCCGACCUGGCAGCCUGUGUCCCAGACUUGCCCCCUUUCUCCUACCAUGGCUUCUAAUCCUGAGGGUGUGGUGGGGGCCGUGGUUAGGCACAGGUACCUUUCUCUGUUUCCACUUUCUGUUCCAUGUGCUUUUAUUACACCUACUGCCCAUAUUCCCACCCUCUCAAUGUUCCUCUCACACUAAACCCCCAUCCGUCCCUUUGGUUAAUUCAUUCUUCCUGUUCAUUUCUAAAAUUUUAAGUUAUAAAAAUGAUUUAAAGCCGGGCGC